AUGGAGGCCAAAAACUUCUUUGAAAGCCUCAAAGUGGAUCUCACCUGUCAAAUGUGUUUGAGCUAUUUCAAUGAACCAGUGACUCUGAAAUGUGGCCAUAGCUUCUGCAAAGAGUGUCUUCUCAGCUGGGGACAGGAAUUGCCCACACCAAGACCCUGCCCAAUUUGCAAGGCCAUCAUUGAAUCUGAAGUCUUUUUGUGCAAUUGGAAGCUGCAGAAUCUGGCUAGCAUUGGCAAGAUGCUUAUACCUCAGUUACUGCAGAACAUCAGGGGCCUGACCACCUGUGAUAAACAUGGGAAAGAAGAGACCUGGUUCUGUGAGGAGGACCAGAGACCCUUAUGUGGGCCUUGCUUUUUAAGUACAGAGCACAAGGGGCACAAUGUCCUUCCUUUGGAAAAGGCUGCUGGUCAGUACAUGGCAAAACUCCAGAAAAGAUGGAAUAGUUUAAAUGGUCAGAAGCAGAAAUUUCAAAUGGAAUUGGAAUGUGAGGAAGUGAGAGAGGUCCAAUGGGAGAUGCAGGGCCAGACUUUUAAAGAGCUGGUUGUAUCCGAAUAUAAGAAAAUACACCAGUUCUUAUUGGAUGAAGAACAACUACAAUUACAAAGACUGGACAAGGAAGCAAGAGAUAACUUGGCAGUUAGUGACAACAAGGACAGCCAGUCUCAAGGGAUCCUGAGUCUUCAAAUGAACUCAGAGCAGCAGCCUGUGGGAAUGCUCAAGUUGGAGGGUCAAACUAUGAUAGAGGUGGUUAAAUGUCAAUAUGAGGAAAAGCACCUGUUUUUGUCAGAGGAACUGCAGCUACAUCUUCAAAUAAUGGACCAUCAAGUAAAGCACAUCCUGGAAAAGUUCGAGGAGAGCAAGACAAAAAUGACCCAACACAUCCAUAAUCUGGAAAUGGUGAUGUUGGAAAUAAAACGAAGUUUUGGUAAACUUCCCAUUGAAAUACUCCAGGAUGCAAAAGGUACAUUGGAAAGGAAUGAGGAGCUACUUCUUCAAAAUCCAGUAGUUGCUUCACCCAGAUGGACCAUGUACCCCAUCACUGGCAUGAGAGAAAUGUUGCUGAAAUUCCACAGAGACAUAACUCUGGAUCCUGAAACAGCCAAUCCUCAUCUCAUUCUGUCUGAAGAUUUGAAGAGUGUCACAUAUGUUUCUGUCCCACAGGUUGUGCCUGACAACCCCAAAAGAUUUGACUUUGCUCUCUGUGUCUUGGCUGCCCAGAGCUUCACCUCAGGGAAGCACUACUGGGAAGUAGAUGUGGGGAAUAAAACAGAGUGGGAAGUGGGCAUCUGUAAAGAAUCAAUCAGAAGGAAGGGUCAUGUCCCCAAGUUACCUGGGGAUACACGGACCCUUGUAGGCUUGACAUUUAGAAAUACCUUUCGCCUCUGGUGUUCCAAUCAUAAAGUUCAUGUAACCCAGCCUCUUUCUAAGGUGGGCAUUUUCCUUGAUUAUGAAAGAGGCCAUAUAGCCUUUUACAAUGCUUCAGAUGGAACUUUCAUCUACAGUCCUGCAGAUUAUGGUUUUCAAGGGGCUCUUUACCCUUGUUUCUUUCCUUGCUUUGGAAAGGGGAAAAAGACUUCUGGUUCUCUAUGUGUCUGCCCCAGGAGUAACUAG